CUAUAUAUAAGCGCGUUGGCAGCACACCAUCGAUGGCAACUGAACCUGAGAUCAGCAGUCAUGACGAGAAAGGCGGGAAUAUCCAACAUAAAAUUGUCGACGCAUCAGAAAAUAGCUCCGGUCAAAUGAAUACGACCAGAGCCGAAGAUAGCGUUGUUGAUACGAACUUUCAAAAGGGUGUUCAGGAUAUCGAGGCUGUGACUAUAUACUGGUCAAAACGAGCACUCAUCGCCUCCUACCUCCUGAUCUGGUUCGUUUACUUUGUCCAAGCUCUUGUAGCGGGAGUCACAGCCGUAGUGCUUCCAUACGUCACCUCGGCCUUUAUGGAGCAUUCUUUGACGGCUACCACAUCUGUGUUGAGCUCUGUCAUUUGCGGCGUCACGAAUCUCACUAUCGGCAAGGCUCUGGACAUCUUCGGUCGACCUCAAGGUUUCCUGUGCUGUGUCGUUGUUGCAGUUAUAGGCUUAAUUAUUUCUGCCGCUUGCAAGAAUGUUGAGUCCUAUGCUGCAUCGCAAGUACUCUAUCUUGUUGGAAUCAACGGCGUGGGUUUCAGCAUGAACGUCUUCCUGGCGGACAUCAGCUCGCUACGCUAUCGAGGCCUAGUCGUGGCCUUAUGUAGCACUGGAAACAUCAUCACGCCAUGGCUAGCGGGACCCGUCUCGAAAGCCUUUCUAGAUGGACCGGGCUGGCGCUGGGCUUUUGGAAUGGAGAGUAUCCUUAUACCAGUUGCCACGCUUCCCGUCUUUGGCUUAUUCAUGUACCAUCUCUCCCAGGCUAAGAAGCAGGGUAUCGUACCAUCACGCUCAGGGCGACACUCUCCGAGUCACUAUCUUCGCGAAUUCGACGUUGUAGGCCUGUUCCUACUUUCUGCUGGCGUUGCGUUCUUCCUCUUGCCAUUCAAUCUGUACACCAUGCAAGCAAAGGGAUGGGGCUCAGCAAUCAUUAUCUGUUUUCUUGUCUUUGGCAUUCUCCUUCUCGUCGCUUUUGCCGUCUGGGAGAGAUUCUUUGCUAGUAUCUCCUUGAUACCUUGGAAUCUCCUCCAAGAUAGAACUGGCUUGGGCGCAUGUUUCCUUUCCCUUACACUCUUCCUCAGCAAUUCCUGCUGGGGCGCUUACUUCGGCUCGAUUCUCCAGGUGACCAAUGGCUUGGACGUAACACACGCCAGCUAUGUCGUCCAGACAUAUUCCGUCGCUAACUUCUUCUUCACCAUCUUCGCCGGCCUUGUCAUCUCUUGGACUGGCCGUUACAAGCCCAUCACUCUCUACCUGGCCAUUCCGUUCGAGAUUCUCGGUGCUGCUCUGAUGAUCCACUUCCGUCAGCCUGUUCCCACCGUUGGUUAUAUUGUCAUGUGCCAGAUAUUCAUCGCUUUUGGCAGCGGCAUUAUCAUGAUCACUGCAGAGAUAGCCAUGCUGGCCAUCUGCGAGAAACAGCAAUACUUCGCCAUCGGUCUCGCUGUUCUCUCGCUGUUCUCUAACAUCGGAAAUGCUAUCGGAUUCACCAUUUCCUCCGCUAUUUGGCAGAACGUUCUGCCCAUGAAGCUCGCUUUAUAUCUUCCCGCGGAAGACCAGCCAAACCUGGCUACCAUCUACGGAGACAUUGUCACGCAACUUUCAUAUCCAGCUGAUUCGCCCACUCGCUUGGCUAUUCAACAUGCCUAUGGAGACUGCCAGAAGUACUUGUUCAUUGCCGGUACGGCUGUUUGGCUGCUUGGAAUUGUUUCGACUAUGAUAUGGAGAAACAUUAAUGUUAUCGGCAUUAAGCAAACCAAAGGUCACGUCUUCUAA